GUUUUUUAUUGAAUAAUCAAUUAACAUGAACACUUUUCAACUUAGGGACCACUGCAUAGGACCUCUUGAGGGCAAGCAUAUAAGACUCCAAAGACUUAACCCUGAAGAAGACUAUGAGGAGCUUUACGAAAACUCUCAUGGAACACCACAAAAGCAAACCAUCUGGGACUAUCUGUACUUUGAUACUUACAAGCAGCCCUUUUUAAGUGCAGGUGACUUUAAACAAUUUCUUUUGGACUUAAACAAUGACUCCAUGUGGAUCCAGUUUGUGGUAGUAGAUAAAGCAUCAAACAGAAAAAUUGGACAGAUCAAUCUUUUGAAUAUCGUACAUUCCCAUAAAAGAGCGGAAUUAGGUGGACUCUGGUACACACCAGAAUUUUGGGGAACAUAUGCCAACACAGAAAGUUCAUUACUGUUAUUGUACUAUCUGUUUGAAAAUCAAAAGUAUAGAAGAGCUGAAUGGAAAUGUGAUUCUAAAAAUGAGCCUUCUAAAAAAGCAGCAAUCAAAUUGGGGUACACUGCGGAAUCGAUUAUGAGACAACAUAUGCUUAUUAAGGGUGUGAAUAGGGACACCGCGUAUUUCUCCAUCUUGGACAGUGAAUGGGAGGAAAAGAAAAGACUUCUUUUCAAGAGAUUAAAUUAUACAGAAGAAGAUGAAGAGCGUCUUUCAAAGAAUAUGAUGUCCGUUUAGUCUUAUAGUAGAAUGAUAAUAAUAAAAGA